UUUGGAAAGAAAUAUAAUUUGCAAUGUAUCCCUUUGUUACAAGAAGGGUCAGGAACAUGUUUUCCCUCAAACAAAACCGGAUUAGGGUUUACUUGCAAGGCAUCACAACAACAAUGCAAGCCUUCCCUCCCUUUCCCUCUACUCAAUAAAUUCCUUCUCUUUGAUCACUGCUCGUGUAUUGAAACCAAAACCCAUCUCUGUCCUAAUCCUGUCACUUGACAAACAGAUAAGUAAAAGGCAUAAACCUGGAAAAGUGAUCCUCUUUGUCAUGGAGAUUAAGGUUGAAGUCGGGAAUCCUGACGCUCCUCAGGUUGAUGAACAGAGAGUUCCGCUCCUGCAGGACCGGGAUCUUCCUGAGAUCGAGAGAAAGAAUUGGGUACAAAAGGCGAUAAGUCAGACAUUUCAGACAACUGCUCAUCUGGCUAACCUCUUGCCUACAGGGACGGUUCUUGCUUUCCAGCUACUAUCGCCCAUUUUCACAAACGGUGGGAACUGCGAUGGGGUUAGCCGGAUUAUGACAGCAUCUCUGGUGGCAAUAUGUGGAUUUUCUUGCUUCAUACUCAGCUUCACAGAUUCCUUCAGGGACAAGAAUGGAAAUGUCUGUUAUGGGUUUGCCACAAUCCGUGGCUUGUGGAUAAUUGAUGGGUCAGGGACUCUCCCACCAGAGGUUUCUAAGCGUUACAGCCUGCGGUGUAUGGAUUUCACUCAUGCCAUCAUGUCAGUUCUUGUGUUUGGUUCAGUGGUUCUGUUUGAUCAAAAUGUGGUGAAUUGUUUCUUCCCAGCACCAUCAACCGAGGCAAUGGAGGUUUUGACGGCUUUGCCUGUAGCCACAGGAGUCUUCUGCAGUAUGUUAUUUGCAACAUUCCCAACCACACGCCAUGGUAUCGGAUUUCCUCUCUCCGCAAAUUGAUGAUCUGGCACCUGUCUGAUCGCAAUGGAAAUUCCUCUUCGACUUUCAAGCUGAAAACUGAUUGAUGAUUUUUUAUGUACCUUUAUCAUUGUGUCUUACCAUUCUUCUGUGAUCAUCUCUUGACUGAAGAUACCAGUCAUGUAAAUUAAACUGUUCCAAUCAAUUGUGUUUAUAUC